UCUUCUUACAAAGAAAAAAAAGAAAAAAGAAAGAGUUCAAAAAUAGAGAGAGAAACUAAGAAACAAGACAAAAAACUGUGUCUCUCAUUCUUUCUCAUCGUUAUCUCUCUCUGUACAUAUAUGCAGUCUCGAUAACCUCUGCAAAAUUCUUCAAUGGCCUCCAAUCAACAACCCUCCGGUAAUAGUCCUCCACCAAAGCCUUGGGAGCGAGCAGGUGCCUCAUCAUCUGGCCCUGCACCUUUUAAACCCCCGUCAGCUGGCAGCACGAGUGAUGUAGUUGAGGCUUCAGGAACUGCAAAACCUGGAGAAAUUGUUUCUACAUCUGCUAACAAUGCUGCUAUUAAUAGGAAUACCCUUGCAAGGCCUGUUCCUACAAGGCCUUGGGAACAGGGAUAUGGGAAUAGUACCUAUGGAGGUUAUGGCUCUACUAUGAACUACAACUCUGGCUAUGGUUCUGGAAUGUAUGGUUCAUCAUAUGGUGGUGCAGGGGGAUUGUAUGGUGGAGGGGGGAUGUAUGGAAACAGCAUGUAUAGGGGAGGAGGGUAUGGUGGUGGUGGUGGUCUUUAUGGAUCAUCUGGGAUGUAUGGAGGUGGAAUGUAUAAUAGUGGUCUUGGAGGCCCCAUGGGUGGCUAUGGUAUGGGUAUGAAUGGUCCUUAUGGAGGUCAAGAUCCAAAUGAUCCUUACGGUGCUCCUCCAUCUCCUCCAGGGUUUUGGAUUUCAGCUCUUCGGGUGACGCAGGGUGUGGUAAACUUUUUUGGUAGGAUAGCAAUUCUUAUAGACCAGAACACACAGGCUUUCCAUUUGUUCAUGACUGCACUUCUUCAGCUUUUUGAUCGCUCAGGUAUGUUAUAUGGGGAGCUAGCAAGAUUUGUGCUGAGGAUACUGGGGAUCAGAACGAAGCCAAAUAAGGUUCAUCCACCAGGCCCCAAUGGAUAUCCACAUCCUGGACCUCACAAUUAUAAUGGAAACCAGAACUACAUUGAUGGACCAAAGGCCGCCCCAAGUGGUUCAUGGGACAAUGUUUGGGGAAAUGAUGGUAGCCAGUGAUCCAAUAGUAUGCUUCUGCUUGCAUGGAGUGGACUUCGGUAAAAAGAAAAAGAAAAAGAAAAAAGCUUAAGAUCAAGAAGCAAAUCGCUCUCUCUCUCUGCCGAACACCAAAAUGAGCUGGAAAUGAUAGACCGUGUGAUAUUAUUUAGUUUGUGUUUGUGAUUCAUCGUGUAAACAGGCUUUUUAAACUAAUGAGCUUUGUCUCAGUUAAUGGAGAAUGAAAUGUUGGCCAUAAGAAA